CUCGUUACUCCGUACACGUCUCCGGCUUGCGCGUCGUCUCCUUUACCCUUCAGUAUCUUGGAUCUUGGGCCCAGUCAACCCUGAAUUCAAAUCAUCUUGUGUUGCCUUUUGAACACUCUUUUCUUCCUAUUUCAUUCACCGAUGACUUUGGCGUCGCUUUUCUUUGUCUAAUUGUUCCUCGUCAUUCAAUGACUGGGAGUCCUCAUGCGCCGCUGCUAACGUACACCACCACUCUUAUUCGAGGUCAAUAACCUCAUUUCUCCUAUUACUAUUGCUACCCCCGACUGCCAGGAGCAUUCGACGGCCGGAGACCUGCUGUUCUAGUACCCGAUAAUCAAAACUUCCUUUCGGUCUUGUUCGCAGUCACCUAUAUCCAUCAUGGCGGCCGGAUCAGGAAGAAUCGUCCGGUACCUACUAUUCGCGAUCAUCACCAUCGCUAUCCUUUACUUCGUUUCUACCUCGUCCAUACCAUCCUACGCUCAGCCACUGGCCGAACAGGCUGCUGGCAAGUUCUCAUGGGACAAGACAAGCCCGCAGGCCAACAACGAAAAGUCACAGGCAGAGUACGAUGCGAUCGCUGAUGCUUUCUCGUCGAAACCCUCACAAGCCCCCAACAAUGUGCCGAGCACACAACCUCUAGCAUCCUUGACGCCUAAUAUCACUCCUCUAACUCCGUCCGAACUCUCCCCGCCCGCCCCAGGCGAACGUGUCAACGCCACCUUCAUCACCCUAGCAAGGAACUCAGAUAUCUGGGAAAUUGCCCGGUCAAUCCGGCAAGUCGAAGACAGAUUCAACAGAAACUACAAUUAUGACUGGGUCUUCCUGAACGACAAGCCUUUUGACGACACAUUCAAGAAAGUAACAACAUCUUUGGUCUCGGGCAAGACACAUUAUGGCGAGAUACCUGUGGAACAUUGGUCAUUCCCAUCGUGGAUCGACCAGAAGAAAGCUGAGGCUGUUCGCGAAGACAUGCGCCGGAGAAAGAUCAUCUAUGGUGACUCGAUCAGCUACCGUCACAUGUGCCGAUUUGAGUCCGGUUUCUUCUUCCGCCAUCCAUUGCUCCAGAACUUCGAGUACUAUUGGCGAGUCGAGCCGAGCGUCGAACUCUUCUGCGACGUCCAUUACGAUCCAUUCAGGUACAUGAAGGACAAUAACAAGAAGUACAGUUUCGUGCUCAGCUUGUACGAAUAUGUGGAGACCAUCCCCACACUAUGGGACAGCGCAAAGAAGUUUAUCAAGGCACAUCCGGAGCAUAUUGCAAAAGACAACUCCAUGCCUUUCCUGAGUGAUGACGGUGGUGAGACGUACAACAAAUGUCAUUUCUGGUCUAAUUUCGAGAUCGGCAACCUCGACUGGCUUCGAUCACAGGCUUACCUCGACUUCUUUGAGACUCUCGACAAAGAUGGUGGCUUCUUCUACGAGCGAUGGGGUGAUGCUCCCGUGCACUCUAUCGCCGCAGGUCUCCUUCUCAACAGGGACGAAAUCCACUUCUUCAAUGACAUUGCAUACUACCACAUCCCCUUCACACACUGUCCCACAGGCGAAGAUGUCCGCCUUAAGCUACGCUGUCAUUGCAAUCCUAAUGACAACUUUGACUGGAAAGGAUAUUCAUGCACGUCUCGGUUCUUCGACUUGAACAAAAUAGCCAAACCGGAAGGCUGGAUGGAUCAAGUCUGACUAGCCGGCUCGAACCGUAAUAAGGAGUCGGGAGUUGCUCUGGGUUGGGAAAUCGCGCAGUAUGCAUGCAUGUCUUUUGGCGUUAGCUUGGUCAUCCUGAUGACCGUGAUGAGGAUCCCAAGGACGAGACGCAAGCUGCUUGCUGCUGCUGAGCGAUUGGCGGAAUGGCAUGAAAAUGGGCUGCGACAAAGCGGUGCUGAGACUUGAGGGGUCUCAGUACAGCUAACUCGAAGCGUUCUUGCAGCAUGACGAGAUCGAAGCCGAGCACAGCCCAGCUCACAAACAAGCAGCAACCUUGCACAAUGCAAGCGAGGCCACGAAUAUUGUAUGCGCCCCAUAGUGAGCUACAGCCGGCAUUGUCUGGUUAGGAUCAGGAUCAGGAUCGCCCUUUUGGACACCAAACCCGGUCAAGACCACAUCGAGCUCAAAUUCAUGUCUUUCCUACGCUCCUACAUCCUCGAUCAGCCUCGCACAAGAUCUCACCCGAAGAGAACAGAGCUCUAAUGUGUUGCCUUUCCACGGCGAUUCAGGAGCCCAACCCUGUUACUGCCUCUGCUUUUCCCCCAUGACUUAGCGAACUAGAAGGGCAUCUCGGCUGAGGAUCCCCAGGGGUAUGCAUUGUAUGACAAAGGCGCCCGGUUUGAAAAGGUGAUGUAUAUGCCACGCGGCAGAACUAGCAUGACGAAAAUGGGCUGUAAGACAUUAUCAUAUUGUCUAGAACCGCAAAGCACAGGCAUUGGCCUCUUUCUACAUAACACAAAUUGACUUCCUCGCAUCGUCAAGAGGAGUUUUACCUCUUCAAGGUCGAGCUAGGUUCGAUUGCAUUUCAUUCCACCCCGUCAAGUUCUUAGAAUGGGGUCUACAAUAAAGUACCAAAAUUGUACAGCUCUUCAGGCUUGAG